AUGUAUAAAUCAUAUCAAUCAACAUGUCCAGCAACAAAUAGAUUUCUUAAAAAAAGAUGGGACGAUAAAUAUUAUAGUGAUCAUCGAAUAUUGGUACGUGAUGCUCAACCAUGUGUUGAUGCACGUCCUCCACAAACUUUUCUACAUCUUCAUAUGAAAUAUAAAAAAUUUCAAUUGGAAGAAGAACGUCGAGCAAUAAUUGAACGUGAUAAUCGUAUAUUAUUAGAAAAAGUGUCACAUAUUAUGAAAACAAAAGGAUCUGUUGAUAGUUAUCAUCAUCAAUAUGAAUUAAAAAGUCUUAAUCAAGGAAAACGUCGACAAGAAUUAUUAAAAGUUUCAAAAGAAAAUGCAAAUAUUAUGAAAAGACUUAUACAACAAAAACUUGAUAUUAAUAGAGAAAAUUGGAAAGAUAAUUGGGCUAAAAAUUCAGUCUAUUUUGAUAAUAUUGCUAAAUAUGAUAUUGAUUGGUUUAUUUCUAAAGUAAAUAAAAGAAUUUAUUUCAGAUUUAUUUUUAAAUAGUUCAUUUAGAUUUAAUCACAAACUAAUAUAUAUUGAUUUAAUUCGUUUGAAUAGUCAAACGAUAUAUACAAUUCAUUAGUAAGAGCACUUAUCAAACAACAUUUUACAUUUACAAUUAACAUCUUUCACCCUUUGGUUACGAGGCCAGGCAUCUAUACGUGUUGGGCUUGUGAUCGAACUACUUCUCUUACAGUUUUGACUUUUUCG